CUUUCGUGGAGCAUUUAAAGAAGCGAAUUUUAUUUUAAAUCGGCAAUUUACUAAACCACAAACAAACAAACAAUGGACGCAUCCUCGAAUCCCUUUAAACGGCCCAUGAAUGCUUUGCAAAAGCAAUGGUAUCGCAUUCUCAUAGCACGUAAACUAGGUUACGGCUCACCACGUCAGCCGCCAGUUGAAGAGGAUACGUAUGAGACGAAAUGCCAAAAGCGUUACCAACAAUCGUUUCAUCGUUACAAUCGGCAAUUCCGCCAGGAAAUCAAACAACUGGAGGCCAUGCAGCCAAGUGCCAUCGAUGCCAUGAGGGUACAUAGGACAUUUGCCAUAACAACACUUUGGCUGCCUUUGCAUUCAUUGCGGGAAAUCAAUUUGACACUGGAUCAACUGGAGAAGGUUUUGAGUGCCAAGGAAAGGAGACGAUUGCAGCAUAUCUUAAAGUAUGGCAUUGGCCACAAUUGACUUGGAAAUCUAGCAAAUCUCUUACCACAAAAGAAAUUGAAGAGAUUGGAAAUGAAAAUACAGCUU